ACUGGUGGAAAAUGAAGGAAUUAAGCGACUUUUUACGUGCCCGAGGGAUCCCUGAAGAUACCAUUUCAUUAAUGGAAGAGCAGAAGAUUGACUGUGAUGUCAUAGCGCUUAUGGAUGACGCAACUCUAGCAAAUUACAUCACCUCCUAUGGAGACCGAAUUGCCGUCUUCAAUUUCUGCAGAAGCAAACAACCACUCUCAAAAAGAAAACAGGGACUUCUGCAGAGACUUCGUGAGAAAAUGAAAAACAGAAAGGAAAGUACAUCAGAGAACGCUUCAUGCGAAAGAACAAGCCAGACAAAGAAGCAAAAAGCAACACGAAAUGUUGAGAUAGGAUGGAUACAUAGUGAUGGAAAAGUAACCAAACAGGUGAGAGCGAAGCAGGGAGGUGGCACUAGAAAAAUUCAGAUGGCCACUGACGCUGGAUUAAGAGAUAUUCUUCAGGAAGGAAAGAAAUUAUUUUUCCCUGGUGGCAAAUCUCCUAAGGGGCCAGAAACAGAUUUUGAGUUUGAGGUUUGGGACUUUAAACAAAACCACCUUACUGAAGACACCUGCCAGAGUAUUGCCGCUAUGUAUGAAGCAGCAAGGCUGACAAUGUUACGUUUCUACAUUUCAACAAAGCUAAAAGAUCCUGAAGAAGAAGAAAGUGAGACAUCUGAUGUCAUAUUUGUCUUGGAAAGCAAUAGCAGUGAAAUUAAUCCAUUUCAAGUGGUUGAACUCCAAACUGGUUCGGAACUUUUAGGUGAUUCAGAAAUCACUUUCGGUCCUAUUCUUGAUGCUGAAGAAGAUACAGAAGACACGUUAAUCUAUGAGGGUUUUCUUGCACCGCUUAGUCCAGCUAAUCCAGAGGAUGUAACAACAAUCACUGUACGUCACACUAACACUUUAAAUGACAUUAUUAGUGCUUUCUCUGAUGCCGAUAUUAUGAGAAAAACACUGAAUGUGAAGCGCAUACUUCCAGACAACACAGAGGAAGCUGGCAGUGGAUCAGGGAUACUGAGAGAUGUACUCACCUGCUUCUGGAAUGAAUUCUAUGAGCGAUGCACUCUUGGUACAACAGUUAAAGUGCCAUUCAUUCGCCAUGAUUUCACUGCUGAAAAAUGGAAGGCAGUUGGACGAAUACUUUUGAAAGGUUACCAGGACUGUCAGUAUUUUCCAAACAAACUUGCAAUCCCCUUUCUUGAACAAGUGCUUUUCAGUGGUGUUUACAGUGAUCUUAAAGGACAGUUUCUGCAGUUUGUCAGCAGUCAAGAAUGUGAGGUUUUGAGGGAAGCAGUUAAGAAUUUUUCUGCUGUUGAUUUAGAUGAUCUUGUCGAAGUUCUUGAUAGUUAUGGCUGUAGAAAACAAAUAACUGCUGAGACUCUUCCUACCAUCCUUGAUGAAAUAGCACACAAAGAGCUUGUCCAAAAACCAAUGUUCGUCAUUGACUGCUGGAGGGAGGUCAUCUAUCCACAUCUUUCCAUUACUCCAGAGGCACUAAGUAAGUUGUUCUCUGACCUGCAACCAACAUCAAAAAAAGUCUGCAAGCUGCUGAAAUUUUCAGAUGAUUUGUCUCCAAAGCAAAAAGAAGUGGGAAACCAUCUCAAAAGAUUCAUCAGAGAGCUGGAUGACAUUAAACUUCAGAAGUUUAUGCGAUUCUGCACUGGAUCUGAUCUUAUAGUAACAAAUGUUAUCUAUGUGGAAUUUCAAAAUAUGACAGAUUUUACAAGACGACCAGUGGGACGCACAUGUGGGAGCAUCCUGCAAAUAGCUGACAACUAUGAAAACUUCCCUGACUUCCGUUCUGAAUUUAAUGCAGUUCUUGAAAGCAAUGUGUGGGUAAUGGACAUUGUCUAAACUCUUAAAGUAAUCCACUACAUUUGAACUACUCAUGCAGACUGCAGCAGAGCUGCAAAAAGACAAAGGUUAUGCAUUUUGAUCUUAUGAAAGCGUCUCCUGUUU